AAAAGAUAAAGUUACUUCCAGUCUUCUAUAGGAGACAUAUAAGGCUUGGCUUGAAUUGAAACUAUUAAGAUGAAUGUUGCUCCUUCCGUAACAUGUUUUUCAUGAAUACUAUUUAUUCAAGCUAUAUAUUGUCUUUGAUAAAAAAGAAAAAACUUCUCCAUGACUAUCAACUGACACUGACAAUCAUACUUUGAAGUGUCAACUGUCAACAUAAUAUGAGUUUGUUGUUGGUUGAAUUUGAACGUCAACGUCACUGCUACUGAUACCGAAUAGAUCGCUCAAAAAUCUAAUUUUUAAAAUAAGAUAUUAAAGUUUGCCACAUACGCACCAUCUAAUCUACGUAAACCUAGAUUAAAACUAAUAAAAGAUGAGUACUGAAAGCCGUGUGAUAUUGGUGACUGGAGGAUCGGGGCUAGUUGGUCAGGCGAUAAAAACUGUAAUCAAUGAAGAAAAGUCCCAAAAUAAUGAGAAUUCAAAACAUGAAACUUGGAUAUUUUGUGGCUCUAAGGAUGGGGAUCUCAGAGAUAAGGCCCAAACGGAUGCUUUGUUUGAGAGACAUCAACCCACACAUGUGAUACAUUUAGCUGCCAUGGUCGGAGGACUAUUUCACAACAUGGCACACAAUUUAGACUUCUUUAGGGAGAAUAUGGCUAUUAACGAUAAUGUGCUGAAUGCUAGUUAUAAACAUAAAGUUAAGAAAGUAGUAUCCUGCCUGUCUACGUGUAUAUUUCCUGAUAAGACCACAUAUCCAAUUGAUGAAACUAUGGUGCAUAAUGGUCCUCCCCAUUCUUCAAACUUUGGUUACAGCUACGCGAAGAGAAUGAUUGAUGUACUAAACAGAGGUUACCACGAGACGUACGGCUGCACGUUCACGUCGGUGGUGCCGUGCAACGUGUUCGGGCCGCACGACAACUUCAGCGUGCAGGCCGGACACGUCGUGCCCGCACUCAUCCGCCGGAUGGACGACGCCGUGCAGACAGGCGACCAUCAGUUCUGCGUGCUGGGCAGCGGGCGCCCGCUGCGGCAGUUCAUUUACUCGCUGGACCUCGCGCGGCUCUUCGUGUGGGUGCUGCGGAACUACGACAGCGUUGAACCUAUCAUACUGUCAGUUGAUGAAGAAGAUGAGGUCCCAAUAAGUACAGUGGCCGAGAUGAUAAAGAAAGCUCACGGGUUCUCCGGAGAGAUAGUCUACGACACCACGAAGGCAGACGGCCAGUAUAAGAAAACAGCUUCGAAUAAGAAACUCAGAAGUUUAUAUAAAGACUUCAAAUUCACUCCGUUUGAGACCGCCAUCCACGACACUGUUGCAUGGUACAAACAAAACCGAGAACACGCCAGAUUAUAAAAAAAAUAGUCUUAUUAUAUUCUGUACUGUUAAAGCAACUUUUGUUAUUAUCAAAAUAAUAUUACGUAUUUAGUAAGCAGAUUACUAUCGUCAAUUUGAAGAAUUUAUUUAAUUCACUGCGCGUACGCAUUGUAUUUCCAUUUUUAAGUAAUAACUAGUUUUAGUUAGAUAAUGGUAUUAAAAAUUCAAGUUACCACUGUAAAAUAAACAGGAGGAAACGUGUUUGUUGGGUUGGGGAGCUACUUUUAAAAGAAAACACCGCAUUAUAUUCAUAUUUUAUUUAAAUGAUGAACACAACAUAACACUGGGCCUCGCACCAAACGAGAAUCAUCCCGUUUGUCUAUGGAGUGAACUAAUCAAAAAGUUCC